CUCUUUGGGACUUCUAGGCAUUUGGCUGAGUUGUGGAGAACUCUGGAAGUAGAGCUACCUAGUACAACCUGGAUUCUGUGGAGACUCCUGAGGAAGCUACAAAAAUUCCAUAAUGUGUCUACCAAGGAGAAGAUGGCAUAUGAGACUGUAGCUGCAACAGAUGCCCUUUAUGAGGUGUUUGUGGGAAACAAGCUCCGAGCAGCUACGUACCGACUAUUUCCUCAGCUUCUCAUGACACUUCUCAUCCAGAUUCACCACAGCAUUGGCCUUACCAUGUCAGAUGUCGCCAUCCCACAUGGCCUGUACACAGAACAGAAAGUAUCUUCAGAGGUCACUCCUUUGUGCUUUGCCAUACAGGCCACAAAGACUCUUCUCCUCAGAACAUGGUGCUGGAAGGAAUUUAGCAUCAUGGAAAAGAAUAAAGGAUGGACUCUUCUGGAAGAAAGAGACUUACAUCUUCAGGGAGUAUCUCUCCUUGCCAAUGCACUACUGGAAAGAAAUCAUCUUCUUGCACAUAAGAUUAUGUACUUAUUAGUCCCUCUUCUUAAUCGAGGAAAUGACAGACAUAAACUUACAUCUGCAGGCUUUUUUGUGGAGCUUCUCCAAUGUCCAGUGGCUAGAAGACUUCCCAGAAUAUACUCUUUUGCCCGCUUGAAAGAUUGGCUACAUCAUGGAAAUAACUUCUUUAAAAUCAUUGCCCUGAAAGGACUGCAGAAUCUUUUAAAACACCCAGAGAUGAAGGAAGAUAUCAAGAGUCUGUUGCCAAGCAUCUUAGACCUGCUAGGUGAAACCGAUGAGAAGAUUGUUUUGAUGGCCAUCCAGAUACUCCUGCAACUCAUUGGGAUGAUGGACUUCACCACCCUGGCUGCCAUGAUGAGGACCCUGUUCUCCUUUUUUGGUGAUGUGAGACCUGAUAUUCACCUCUUCUCCAUGACACUCUUUGGAGCCUCCAUAAAGUUUGUGAAAUACACUGAUAAGAAGAAUGUAGAGAACCAAGUCCUGGACAGCUUGGUUCCGCUACUUCUAUAUUCUCAGGAUGAAAAUAAUGAAAUAGCUGAGGAGAGCAGGCAUGUCCUUACUAUUUGUGCCCAGUUCCUGAAGUGGAAGCUACCACAAGAAGUCUACUGCAAAGAUCCCUGGUACAUCAGGCCCAGUGGUGUUGAGAAAAUCUGCAAAUUCUUUGGAGAAAAAUGCAAGGGGAAUGUUAGCAUUCUAGAACAAACAUUAACGUUCACAAAGGAUGCAAAACUUCCAAUCAGAAGAACAGCAGUCUUGUUUGUAGGGCUCUUCUCAAAGUAUGUGGACCGCACUGAACUCAGGAUGAAAGGUACUGACUGGAUAGAGAAUGAUCUGAGAGAUCUGCUGCAUGACCCUGAACCUUCUCUACGAAUCAUUGCCUCCCAGGCUUUGUACCGAGUCCGAACCACAGUGACUGAAGCAGAGCCCAUGCAGACAGUUAGUGGAAUAAGGAAGCUAAUGAACUGUCUUCCUAUCUAGAAAUGCAAGGCAACUACUAUCAGUAUUUCAUCCAUCGAGAAAGAGAAGAAGAAGGAGGAGGAGCAGGAGGAGGAGAAGGAGAAGAAAAAGAAGAAGAAUGAAAACUCAAAGUAUUUUCCUUUGUAACACUGCAAAAGGGAAAGUCAGAGAAACUAGUAAUUGACUAAACAUUAAAGGGUGAAAUAUCAAGUAACUAAAAAAGAAGAAAAGAGAAAGAUUUAUAUAGAUCGAUAUGUCUUAACUGAAAAUCCAGAGGCCAGAUCUCAGCUCCAAAAUAAAGAAAACAACAUUUCCUAGUU